AAGGAAAAGGAAAGCAAGAAGGAUGGCGAUCCAACGUUGAAGAUAAUAAGAAGGAAGAAAUGGACAUUUUUGUUUUUCUUCCCAACUUUUUUUAUUAUCCUCUCAUGGCGGAUAACACGAGAACUGUCCAAAGGCUCUUGUUCUUCUUCAUCUUCUUCACUUGUCCUCUCUAACGUUUCCUCAUUUCUUCCCUACUUUAAAAAAAAAAAAAACUCUAUUACGAUUUUGCUUCGGAUUCAUUUUAUGGCUAUGGCCUCUGCUUCUGGUUCUGCUCUUUGCUUCACUGAUGCUUCUAGUUCUCGCGCUAUCAGACGCGAUUUUGGAGCUCUUUGUUUUGCUCCUAAGAAAACUACGUUUGGAUUUGUCUAUAAAUCUCUUACGAAUCUCGAUCGACUAAGAUUAUCGAGUUUGAAGCUUCGAGCAUCAAAUGCUACUGCUGUGGAGAAUGGAAAGCAAGAUGGAAGUGCCUCAGAUUCUGACAAAGUCCCAACUCCAGUGGUCAUAAUCGACCAAGAUUCUGACCCUGAUGCAACCGUUGUUGAAGUAACAUUUGGAGAUCGUCUUGGAGCUCUACUUGACACAAUGAAUGCGCUCAAAAACUUGGGCCUGAAUGUCGUCAAGGCAAAUGUCUACCUCGAUUCUUCUGGCAAACACAACAAAUUCGCUAUUACUAAAGCGGAUAGUGGAAGAAAAGUAGAAGACCCUGAAUUGCUCGAGGCUAUUCGUCUCACUGUCAUUAACAAUUUGCUUGAGUUUCAUCCUGUAAACCACUUGCAUCUUAAAUAUUCUCUCUUUCUAAAAUUCAUAUUCUUGCAUAAUUUCUCAGCUCAUACAUUGCUUCUUGAUUAUUUGGAUCAGGAAUCAAGUUCUCAACUGGCAAUGGGAGCAGCUUUUGGUGUUCUUCCACCAACUGAACUGGUUGAUGUGGACAUAGCAACACAUAUAAGCAUCGAGGAUGAUGGACCAGACCGCAGUUUACUCUACGUAGAAACAGCGGAUAGGCCUGGACUAUUAGUUGAGCUGAUGAAGAUCAUUUCAGAUAUCAGCGUCGCUGUUGAAUCUGGAGAAUUCGAUACCGAGGGUUUGUUGGCUAAGGUAAAGUUCCACGUAAGCUACAGAAAUAAAGCCCUAAUCAAGCCUCUCCAGCAGGUUCUUGCCAAUAGUAUGAAGUACUUCUUGAGGCGUCCAUCAACUGACGAGUCAAGUUUCUGAAGUUUUGAAAUUUCAUUUCACAUGACUACUUUUUACCACCUUUUUUUUAUAUAUACAUUUGACCAAAAUAAGCUGCUUCAUUUUAGUGGCCUUCUCAUACAUCUGUAAUAGUAACAUUCUCUACUUCAAUCAUUCAUCAAAUUUACCUUCAUUCACAA